AGUGUGAUAACUAUCUGAUCUAUAAAAAUCCAAACAUUUCUAAAAAAAAUGAGCGAAACAAUUUUGGAUGAAAGCGGUUCUUUGAAGAAAAAGAAGAAGACAAAAAAGCGAAAAUUAUUUUUUUCUACUUCAAGUAAAAAAGUUAAGUGCGAAAUUUGUUCAGCGGUAUUAAAAUCGAAAGGAAUUCUUAAUUCACAUAUGAGAAUUCAUUCGGACCAUAAAGAAUUUCGUUGUGAGAUUUGCUCCAAAGAAUUUCGACGAAAAGAACAGCUGAAGGAGCAUCUUCCAACGCACUUCAGAGGGUACGGUCUGACGAACGCCGAUUUUGCUUCGACGCCUUUGAAUGCACUAAGUCUGCAAUACAAACCGAUAGUAAAAACGAAAGAUUUCAGAUGUGCCACCUGCUCUAAAGUGGUACCUAAUGGUUACCAUUUGAGGAAUCAUAUGGCUAGUCAUUCCAAUUUUAGACCGUACUGUUGUCAGAUUUGCCAGAAAGCAUAUAAGACACGGGAUCUAUUACGAAACCAUUUCAUUCAUUGUCAUCCCGAUUGCAGACAGGACUACAUGGAAUAUGUCUACAUCGACGAAAUGAAUAUAAUGAAUGGCUCUGAAGAGAAGAAGUACCACUGCGACGUUUGUAUGAAAGGCUUCAAUCAUAAAGACAGCGUCAAGUUGCAUCUGUUUGCCCAUUUUGAUUUGAAGAAAUUUGAAUGCAAGAUUUGUUCGAAAAGAUUUCCAAAUUCAUCACAGUUACGGAAGCAUCUUCGAAAGCACCUUACACCCGCGACACAGUUGACUAUCUGUAAGGAAGAACUUCAAAUUGAUGAGCAAGGUUCAACUACAAUGUUCAAUAUUAAGCCAUCAAAAGUCGUUUUGAGAAGAAUAGUCUGUGAUGAAGAAGUUCAAACCGAUGAGGAUGAUAAUAACGAACACACGACCCGCGCGACAGAGUUGGUGACUAUCUGUAAGGAAGAACUUCAAAUCGAUGAGCAAGGCUUGACUACAAUGUUUAAUAUUAGGCAAUCAAAUGUUGUUAUAAGAAGAAUUUAAAAGCCAAAAUUAAGUC